AUGGGCCGCUAUCUCACUUUGUACGGUCAAAGAACUGCAUGGACGUUGAGCAACAACAACCUGACAUCUCUGUCAGUGGAGGCAGCGCUGGUGGCGCGUCUGCACGCUUUGCGAUUGGCCGACAAUCCCAUUGUAUGUGAUUGUCGGGUCGCGCGGCUCAGUGCAGCGGUGCGCGCUGCUGGUGUUAUGGGCGUGGGAGCGAGGUAA